AUGCCAGAGAGACGUUUGUCGCGUCUGUUCAAGGCCAAGCUGCUGCGACGAUCAUCGACACCCGCCGUUCCAAAACCGGGCAAGGCGGACCCGCGUGCCCACCCAAACUCAACCUCUCGUACCUCUUGCGCUCCGCAACUCUUCGACUCUGCCAGCGACAAGUCCCCCUACAGCCUGGUUUCUUCGGCUGCUGAUCACUCCUCCGACGACAUCGGCCCUAGCCCUGGCUCUGACCACUACUGCCAGGAGGGACACAGGCACAAGCACAAGCACAAGCACAGACCCCAGACUGAUCCCCAGCCAUCCACUCGUUCAUCGCAACCAAAGGAUCACGUCCAGCAUCGCCACGCUUCAGAAGAGACGUCUUCUACCCCGCCACCACCUGGGCCCAGCUUCUCUCCUUUGCAUACACCCUUCUCCGAAGAUUCUCCUUCCCCCUUCGAAACCCCCUUGCCGACUCCGCAGCAAUCCGACGAUACCUCCUACUCCGCGCCGGCCAAGACCCGUGGACCAACUCCGGCGGAGUAUCAAUUGGCGCCUGCGCUAGAUACUGUCAUCGAAAAGACUGCAGACGAACGCCGGCCUUCGACAACCGCGUUCCCUCUUUCGUCGAGCAAGCGCCCUAGCAUCGCCAUCCGCCGACAGUCUCUUCUUCCCGCCUCACAACAGCAUUUGAUCAAAGGAUUGUUGGAACAAAGUCUUUUCUCAUCCCCGGGCGACCAGGGCAGCAGUCGCGUCCCCGUAGCUGCUGCCGAGAUGGUCCAUCGUCGAAUUUGGGUCAAGCGGCCCGGUGGCUCGGCCACUCUGGUGCCGUGCCUGGAAGAUGCCGUGGUGGAUGAAUUGCGGGACCAGGUGAUCAUGAAGUACGCCAAUUCGCUGGGACGAACAUUUGAUUCUCCAGACAUUGUUAUCCGAAUUCCGGCUCGAGAAGGCUCAAAUCGGCAACAUACACCAGAGCGACUGCUGAGCCCGGAGGAAGUUCUAUCAUCCGUUCUAGACUCAUACUAUCCAGGAGGACAAACGGUGGAGGAGGCCUUGUUGAUUGAAGCGCCCACGCGCCGAACUCCCAAACCGUCACCACGUCUUCCAGUCUACCUCCACCAUCACUCGGAACCUGGGGAGCAUGGCGACUACUUCCCGCUCAUGCCCGUCAAUCCGAAUGGCCAUACACCCCCGGCUCAUCCAGCCAGUUCAGGUGCUGCGAAUGCUCCUUCCAUCUCAAUCCUUACAACUGGUGUCCCCCCAGCGCUGCCCUCGCCUGGAAGCCGCGCAGCAAGGCAUCAUCGUCGGCCACCUCUCACGCGGCACACGACGAAUUCACCGACAAUGCUCGGCCAAACUCCCUCGUUGUCAGAACCCGGGAUUUCUCCCCAUUCCCAACCGCCUCCGACCGUACCAACACAGCCAACACCACCUGCCCCGGUCGCCGAGUCUCCCCAAGCCAAAUCGCACACUCCCCCCGCGCCUGUAGCUUCUCCACGCACUCUUCGAAAGUCCAAGGGUGCUGCAUCACCUGGCGCAGUUUUCGGCGGUCUAAUCGAGGGCACCGUACCUCCGAUCAACGUUCUCAUUGUCGAAGAUAAUAUUAUCAACCAAAAGCUUUUGGAGGCGUUUAUGAAGCGAUUGAGCGUACGAUGGAAGUGUGCGGCCAAUGGCGAGGAAGCAGUGCGGAAGUGGAGACAAGGCGGGUUCCAUUUGGUUCUGAUGGAUAUCCAAUUGCCAGUGAUGAACGGUCUAGAUGCGACUAAGGAAAUCCGCCGCCUUGAGCGACUCAACGGAAUUGGCGUUUUCCCAAAGACAGCGUCGGGCCGUUCCAGUGCUUCGAGUGCCACGUCGCCGGAGAAACGACCGGGCCUGCAACGGUCCGUGAGCGAGGACGACACACUCUCAGAUUUGUCGUUGUUCCGAAGCCCAGUGAUUAUCGUUGCCUUGACAGCGAGCAGCUUGCAAAGUGAUCGUCACGAGGCACUGGCUGCGGGAUGUAAUGAUUUCCUGACCAAGCCUGUAGGAUUCCCGUGGUUGUCUCAGAAGGUGACAGAAUGGGGUUGCAUGCAAGCCCUGAUUGACUUUGAUGGCUGGCGCAAAUGGCGUGGAUUCCAGGACUCUCCUCGAUCUGCAUCUCCCAACUUUGACAGUGGGACCAGUCCGAUGCAGACAGGCCAUCAUAACGAGACUACGUCAAAACCGGCCCCUGGAUCACCAUCACUGUUUCGGACUGCUGCGAAGCCCAAGGCUCGCCCGAGGCGGCCUCAUUUGCCUGAUGCUGAUGAAAUUAUGCGUGAAGAUUCCUGGGGUAGUGGUAGUGGCGACACUGGUGAUUCACCCACGAGCCCUGAGACUACCCCAGGGGUAGAUGCGGAUAUACAGCCACCUGGUGAUUCAGUGGACUUUACAUCAAAUACGCAAUGA